CAAAACACAACAGCACAACGCACGCUUUACACUUACCCCUGUGUCAGUCUACUCGCCGCCAGCAGCAGCAGCCACCACCAUUUCAUCCACCGCCACUUCUUCCGGCAGCUGCUAUCAUCGCCUUUUCCACAAUCUUCUUCAGGCUUGGACUUUAUCUGCGUAUUCUAUUCAGCUGAAAAGGAAAAAAAUCCAAACAUUAGAUAAAAAAUUUGGAGUUUCUAUUCUAUCAUAGCAUAUGCUAAAUAUUUAACUUAAUCAUCCAAGAAGUCCAAUUAGUGAGGAAAUUAAGGUUAUUUUACAAUAUGGAAUCUGAAGAUUUAGCAAUUUCAAGAGCUGAAGAAAUUAAAGUUCAAGCUAAUGAAGCAUUUAAAGUUCAUAAGUUUGCUCAGGCUAUUGAUUUAUAUACGCAAGCAAUUGAAUUAAGUGGUCAGAAUGCUGUUUACUGGGCGAAUCGGGCAUUUGCUCAUACUAAAUUGGAGGAGUAUGGAAGUGCUAUACAAGAUGCUUCAAAGGCUAUUGAGAUUGAUCCUAAAUAUUCGAAGGGUUAUUACAGGCGAGGUGCUGCUUAUCUUGCUAUGGGGAAAUUUAAAGAAGCACUGAAGGACUUUCAACAGGUCAAGAAGAUCAGUCCAAAUGAUCCUGAUGCUACCAAGAAACUAAAGGAAUGUGAGAAGGCAGUAAUGAAGCUUAAGUUUGAAGAAGCUAUUGCUCUACCCCAUUCUGAAAGACGCUCAAUAGCUGAAUCUAUUGAUUUUCGUUCUAUAGGGACUGGCCCCAGUUCAUCAUCUUUGCCCACCCAAGUGGCCAUAGCACCAGUAGCAGUAGCAGUUGUGGUUGCAGCUAUGAUUUUGGUAGGACAAGAAAGAGCUCCAGUGUUGGUGGCAGUACUGAUGGUGAUACUGGUGGUCUUAGGGGCAUUUUGGUGGGGUGGCUGGAGUGUUAGUGGUGUAUUUACCAAGAGACAAAUACUUGACCUAGAUGUGGAGUCACAGUACAGCGGGGCAAUUAUAGAGGGAGACUGUGUUACUUUGGAUUUUAUCAAGAAAAUGAUAGAAGACUUCAAGAAUCAAAAGUGCUUACAUAAACGAUACGCAUUCCAGAUUGUCUUACAAACAAGGGACAUGUUAAGAGAUUUGCCAUCUUUGGUUGAUAUAAAUGUUCCCGAUGGGAAGCAUUUCACUGUUUGUGGUGAUGUUCAUGGUCAGUUCUAUGAUUUGCUGAACAUUUUUGAACUCAAUGGUCUUCCCUCAGAAGAGAAUCCAUAUCUGUUUAAUGGUGACUUUGUGGACAGGGGAUCGUUUUCUCUUGAGGUCAUCCUCACAUUGUUUGCGUUUAAAUGCAUGUGUCCAUCAGCCAUGUAUCUGUCUAGAGGAAAUCAUGAAAGCAAGAGUAUGAACAAGAUCUAUGGUUUUGAGGGUGAGGUCAGAUCCAAAUUGAAUGAGACGUUUGUGGAACUUUUCGCAGAAGUAUUUUGCUGUUUACCUCUGUCUCAUGUUAUAAAUCAGAAGGUAUUUAUAGUUCAUGGGGGCCUUUUUAGUGUAGAUGGCGUCAAAUUAUCUGAUAUUAGAGCCAUUGACCGGUUUUGUGAGCCCCCCGAGGAAGGGUUGAUGUGUGAAUUGCUAUGGAGUGAUCCACAACCUUUCCCUGGAAGAGGCCCUAGCAAGCGGGGCGUAGGCCUUUCUUUUGGUGGGGAUGUGACAAAAAAGUUUUUGCAGGAGAAUAAUCUUGAUUUAGUUGUACGAUCUCAUGAAGUUAAGGAUGAAGGUUAUGAGAUUGAGCAUGAUGGUAAACUUAUUACUGUUUUCUCUGCUCCAAAUUACUGUGAUCAGAUGGGUAAUAAGGGUGCUUUUAUUCGAUUUGAAGCCCCCGAGUUGAAGCCAAAUAUUGUUACAUUCUCAGCAGUGCCUCACCCUGAUGUGAAGCCAAUGGCAUAUGCAAACAACUUCCUGAGAAUGUUCCAAUAGUGGCCAAUCUUGUAUUAUUUUCCUUAUAAGAUGGCUCCACUUCAAAAACUGCAAGUUAAGAAGAUGGCUGAAGAGAGGAGCCGGUACAUUUUGACUCUUUAAGUUUAUGAUAUUCUUUGAGCAAUCAUUUCUCCAACUUUAAUGUGUUCUUAAGAAUUUCCUUUUUUUUUUAAUUUAGAAAUUUCAUGUUCUGUAAACCGGUUGUAGGUUCCAAACUUAGUGGCAUUAACGUUGGUGCCUUUGUAAUAUGUAUUUCUGUUUCUUAGUGGAUUCUUUUCAUGUUCA